CUCUAUCGAAACUUUGCAAAGAGGGCAAAAAUAAUUUUCAGUUGGAAAAUAAAAAAGGGCAUUGGAUGGGAAACCCAUAAGCCCAUUUUUCAGGUUGAUUUUCAAUUUUCAAUUUUCAAUUUUUUGUUUUCUUCCUUCAACAAAUUUGGUUGUCAUCCCUGGAACAAAUUCCCAGCUUCCAUCACUGAGCAAUGUCGUCCUUCGACAUUGACGGAAUUUUGGGUAACACGAAGGAGCUCGAUCGCUUACGCAAGGAGCAGGAAGUUGUUGUUCUUGAAAUUAACAAGAUGCACAAGAAACUCCUCGCUACUCCUAAAGUGGUUGAGAAGCCUGGGGAUAAUUCAUUGUCAAAAUUGAAGCAUUUAUAUACUCAAGCAAAACAACUUUCAGAGGAUGAAGUGAGUGUUUCCACGACCUUAUUGGGGCAACUUGAAACCUUGCUGCCCGGACCUGUGCAACAAAGGAGAAAGAUAGAUAAGAAAAGAAUGAAGGCAGAUUCAGACAAUGCUCGUAGUUCACCUGCAAUGAGAAACCUCGAGGCUUGUGCUAACAUGAAAGAUGAACAGGUGGCAGCCAGGGUGACACCAGAUGGGGCUGAGAAGGACGAAUGGUUUAUUGUAAAAGUGAUACAUUUUGAUAAGGAGACAAAACUAUUUGAAGUACUAGAUGAGGAGCCAGGCGAUGAAGAUGAAGGUGGAGGGCAAAGAAAAUACAAGUUGCCAAUGUCGGCCAUCAUAUCUUUUCCAAAACGAAACGAUCCUUCUACUGUCCCUGAAUUCCUACCUGGAAGACGAGUCUUAGCAGUUUAUCCAGGAACAACCGCUCUUUAUAGGGCAACAGUUGUCAAUAGUCAUCGCAAGAGGAAGACAGACGACUACUUGUUGGAAUUCGACGACGACGAGGAAGACGGGUCCUCGACAUUGCCCCAGAGAACAGUACCCUUCCAUAAGGUGGUGGCCUUGCCUGAAGGACUUCGCCAGUAAGCUCCCUGUGUUUAUAUUGUGAAUAAAAUAUAAGGUUGUAUGUAAAUCGUAGACCAAAAAAGAAUCUACUUAAUUUGUCUUUAAAUUUGAGAGAUGAUAAUGUGUAUUGAGUACCUUCACACUUUGCCUUAUUAAGCUCUAACAAUGGUGAGGUAAUUCCCUGAUACAUAAUUAAUUAUUGGUGUGAUCCUUUUUAGUAGUUGAAGGAAUCCCAAUAAUAUAUGAAUCAUGUGUGGAUGUUCUCUAAAUUAUAACAAUAAUAACAUCUUGUUUUUCA